CUCUCUCUCUCUCCCUCUCUCUCUCUUAUCUAGGAGUGAAACUCGUCUUGCACUAUAAAUCUCAUGUGCACUAUCCUUAACAGAACGCUCUUCUACCACUAAACAGUCCAAAAGCUCAUCUACUUAAAUCAUUCUUACUUUAUUGUUCCUGGCUCCUGCUAUCUCAUUUUCCAUACACUGCGCAGUUCUUGCUGUUGGAAACUCUUUACACAAACCCCACAAAUGUGCCUCUUUUAUUUGUAGACUCUGGCCUGUAGAAUGCCUGAGACUUCCCUCGGGGUUUACACUCAAAUGGGUUUGCUCAAGCUUUCAUGGGUACUCUGUUGGGUUCUUUCUCUUUCGAGUUUCAGAGUCCUCUGUGAUAACACAGAAAUUACCGUAAAGUUCUUGAAGGCUCCCCGUCCAUUCUCACAUAUCAACUCAGCCACGUUUGUCUUUGAAGUUUUCGUGGAUGGGAAUAGCAGUUGCACUUAUUGUACCGUCAGUUGUAAGCUGGAUAAUGGCAGUGCUUCAGAAUGUGGAGAUAGGAGGGUUUCAUAUGCAGGCUUGCAGGAUGGAAAUCAUACAUUUGAAGCUUGCACCAAUGGUUCUCGAGGAGUUGGCUGUAUUAACUAUAACUGGACAGUUGAUACAGUCCCACCUACAGCAUAUAUCGCAGCCUUAAAGCCUUUUACAAAUGCUCUCAACGUUUCUGUAAACAUAAAUUUCAGCGAACCCUGUAUUGGUGAUGGAGGAGGUUUUAAAUGUUCAUCCACGAAUGCCUGCAACCUCCUGGUUUAUGGUGCUGGCCAAGUUAUACCGUCCUCGCUCAUCAUUUGGCAGCCAAACCUCAAAUAUUCUGUUGUUGUGGGUUUAUCAUCUGCUAUUCAAUAUGGGCGAGUGACAUUGGUAAUGGAUAAGAAGUUUUGUACUGACACUGCUGGGAAUAAAUUUACAAGAACAGAAAAAUCAAGUGUCUCUGUGCAUUUUGAUAGAAGAAGUGUUUUUCUCAACAUGAGGACUCACAUUCCAGAAACUCCACUUCAACUUUAUGGCAAAACUAGACUGGUGCAGGCAACUAACCAGUCUAAUAAACUACGGGUGUAUUUGUAUUUUUCAGAACCUGUUCUCAACUCAUCUGUAGAAAUUCUAAAUUCUCUCCAUGCAAGUCAGGGCACGCUUCUUCCUGUUAAUGGGAAAAGCUUUGGGAAUCGCAGAUUUGGCUUUCUGGUUGCAAAUAUAUCUGGCAUUGCUAUAGUUACACUAAGCAUUGAUUCAAACUUGAUAGUAAGCAGACAGAGGACUCCAGUCUCUACUAUUGCACCAGUAACUUUCCUGUAUGAUUCUCAGAGGCCAGCCGUGAGGUUGAGUACCAUAUUUCAUAUGAGGACAAAGGAACACAGUAUUCCAAUGCUGAUAAAGUUUAUGGAGCCUGUAUUUGGCUUCAACUCUUCUAAUAUCUUGAUAAUGGGAGGGCAUUUGUGGAGCUUUCAUGAAAUAAGUAGAGCCAUAUAUGCAAUAGAGAUACGAGCAGACCAUGAUAUUGUUUCUGUUAAUGUUCCCGAGAACAUAACUGGGGAUGUUGCUGGAAACAGGAAUAUAGCUUCCAACGUUCUACAAGUAAGACACUAUUCUGUACCUAAAAUAUAUUCCGUGAUUUCUGAGCUUGCAACUGCUUCAUUUUUUGUGACAACUUUUGCUGCUGGGAUGCAAACAGUUUCAAUUGCAAGUCUGCACUCCAUUGGGGCACUUUCAAGACCAUCAUCAUCUUUUUCUGAUCCCACAAGGAAUCUUUUUAGAAUUGUUUGCCAUAUUCAGGUGUUUGCCUUGUCUAGAUGGUUGGCAGUGAAAUUGCCAAUCGAAUAUUACGAAUUUGCAAUGGGUUUACAAUGGAGCAUUCCCUACUUCAGUCUUCCUUGGGAAACAGGGCACACUCAAUCGGCCAUAGUGGGUGCACAUCCCCCUGCCAACUCAAGUUCCUACAAGGCUGAAUUUUAUGAAUCAAAAACUUUGCAGAAUGUGCAAUUAAAAGAAGAGAAUUUGAGUAGGGUUACUUCAGUAUACGGCUUGCCUCUAACUCCCAUGGAAUACCGAUCAUAUUUUGAGAGCCAAAACACUGAACCUGAAGCUGAAUAUAUUUUGGAUUCACAUAUUUUAAAUGGGUGGAGGGAUUUUAGUAGAAGCAUGUUCUGGUUAGCCAUAAUUGGUGGCAGUUUGAUACUGCUGCAUGCUUUACUCCUUGUCGUCCUAAAAUUCAGGAAAAAAAAUCCUGAGAAGCAGAGGAGUUAUGGAGCACUCACACUGCCACGAUUCGAAACAUUCCUUAUAAUUCUUGCACUACCUUGUAUUUGCAAGGCCGCUGUUGCUCUAAUUAGAGGAACGGCAUCAGGGAUCAUGGUUGGCAUACUGCUUUUUGGUGCUGUGUCUUCUCUACUGCUGGCCUUGCUUUUAUUCCUCUCCAUAGGUAUCACAUUCGGGAAGCUACUUGACUACAAGGAAGUUCAUCAAGAAGGCCAGAGAUAUCAUUGGUAUCAAGAGAUAGUUCGAGCAAGUUUGGGUCCAGUUAAAAGAGGCCAGUGGACAUGGAAAAACGAACUUAAUUCUGAUUACUUAAUUAGGUUUGGCCCUCUAUUUGAAGAUUUAAGAGGUCCCCCAAAAUACAUGCUCUCACAGAUUUCUGGGGGCAAUCCCCAUAGGCACGGUGAUCGAAUCAUUGCCUCUGAUGAUGAAACUGAAGACGCAGAAGCUCCUUUUAUCCAGAAGCUGUUUGGGAUUCUGAGAAUAUACUACACUCUACUUGAGUCCAUGAGACGAGUUUCACUAGGGAUUAUGGCUGGUGCCUAUCAGGAGAACUGGUCUUCUAAGACUCCAACAAUAACCUUAUUGUGCAUCAACUCUUUCCAACUCUUCUUCCUUGUUCUCAAGAAGCCAUUUAUUAAGAAAAAGGUUCAGUUGGUUGAGAUCAUCUCAGUUUCCAGUGAAGUAGGUUUAUUUGCUACUUUUUUGGUUCUUUUGGAGAAGGAAUUUUCAGGCAUGGAUGAAACCUUAGUUGGGGUCUUCAUGCUAAUACUUUUCCUAGUUGGAUAUAUACCACAAAUGAUGAACGAAUGGUAUGCUUUAUACAGACAGACAAAGCGGCUCGACACUGCUGAGAACUUUUUCUUGAAGGGUAUGAAAAUCACCUUGAUUGGAUUUCUCCUGCUGCUCAUUCCACAGAAGUUGAUCAAAAAGCUGGAAAGCAGGUUCCCGGUGACUCUCCAUCAGGACGGAGAAACUGGGGUCACCUGUUCUUCAGUUGGAAGUUCCAGGAAUGCUGGGAGUAGGAGUUCAGGCACGACAGAUAAAUCAUGGUCAAACCAACUAAAAGAACUGGCAAAGGCUAGCUUUAGUAAGGAAGAAAAGGUGGCCCCGAACAAUCCCUCAACCAGUCGUACAAGAUGGAGUGGGUUUUGGGGAACUAGAAGUAGUUGUAGCUAAUCUAUAAGCUCAUUUGCUGAUAUCUUGUCAAAAGUUCCAAGAGAGCUGUACAGAAUAUUUUGAAGCCAAUUUUGCAUCCAAGUAAAACUCAUUCACAGAUAAAAGUAACGAUUGUUUCUUAUUUAUAUUCCCACAGACUACAGCAGAUGCGGAGCUGGCUCCUGUUCUCUUUUA